GGGUCCGGACUUCCGGCGCCCUCUAGUGGCGGCCAUUUUGAUUUGUGUUGGUUUUGUUAGUGAGAGGCUCCUGAGCGCCGGUCCGGUCUGCGGUGACUGAACUCAGAACGCGGAGAGCAGUUGUCUUCCGCUGCACAGAGGCAAAUCUGGAGCUCUGUGACGGCGCCCAGCGUAACCUGCACUUGGGCCAGGAUAGGGACCACCGUGUCCGUGUCUCUUGGCUGGUUGCGGUGUCUUCCCGAUCCUACUUAAAACCACGUGGUUCGAUGGCGGCGGCCACGCUGAGGCUCUCGGCUCAGGGCACAGUGACUUUUGAAGACGUGGCUGUGAACUUUACCUGGGAGGAAUGGAAUCUCCUUAGUGAGGCUCAGAGAUGCUUGUACCGUGAUGUGAUGCUGGAGAACUUGGCACUUACAUCCUCCCUGGGUUGUUGGUGUGGAGUGGAAGAUGAGGAGGCACCUUCUAAGCAGAGUAUUUAUGUGCAAAGAGAGACUCAGGUCAGGACUCCUACAGCAGGUGUGUCCUCCAAGAAGGCUCACCCCUGUGAGAUGCAUGGUUCGAUCUUGGGGGACAUUUUGCACAUGGCAGAUCAGGGAACACAUCACAAGCAGAAAGAGCACAGGUGUGAGGCAUGGGGGAGUAAAUCAUAUGACAGUACAAUCUUUCAUCAGCACCAGAAUCAGUACAUUGGAGAGAAACCCUAUAGAAUCAGUGUUGAGGAAGCGUUGUUUGUGAAGAGGUGUAAGUUCCAUGUGUCAGAGGAGUCAUCUGUCUUCAGUCAGAGUGGGAAGGACUUUUUGGCCAUUUCAGUAUUACUUCAGCAAGAGGCCAUUCACACUGGGAAGAAGUCAAGCAGCAAAACUGAGUGUGUGUCUCUCUUUCAGCGGGGGGAAAUUCAUUACGGUGGUGGAGGAUGCAUGAAACAUCUUAGCACCAAAAAUGUUCUUGGUCAGCAUCAGACACAUCCCCCUAGAGAAGAAUGUUACGUGUGCUGUGAAUGUGGGAAAUCCUUUAGCAAACAUGAUAGCUUUAGUAAUCAUCAGAGAGUUCACAGUGAAAAAAAACCUCAUGAAUGUGGAGAAUGUGGGAAAUCUUUUAGUCAAAAGAGCUACCUCACUCAACAUCGGCGAUUUCACACUGGAGAAAGACCUUACGGGUGUGAAGAAUGUGGGAAACAUUUUAGUUCAGACGGACAUCUUAGGAGCCAUCAACGAGUGCACGGUGGAGAAAGACCUUAUGAAUGUGGAGAAUGUGGGAAGUCUUUCAGUCAUAAGCGCAGCCUUGUUCACCAUCAGCGAGUUCACAGUGGAGAAAGAGCUUAUAAGUGUGGAGAAUGUGGGAAAUCAUUUAGUCAAAAGGGCAACCUCGUUCUACACCAGCGAGUUCACACUGGAGAAAGACCUUAUGAGUGUGGAGAAUGUGGGAAAUAUUUCAGUUCGAAAGGACACCUUAGGAACCAUCACCGCAUUCACACUGGAGAAAGACUUUAUGAGUGUGGAGAGUGUGGGAAAUCUUUUAGUCAUAAGGGCACCUUCAUUUUACAUCAGCGAGUUCACCCUAGAGAAAGACCUUAUGAGUGUGGAGAAUGUGGAAAAUCUUUCAGUUCAAACGGGCACCUUAGGAGCCAUCAGUGGGUUCAUACUGGAGAAAGACCUUAUGAAUGUGGAGAAUGUGGGAAAUCUUUUAGUCAUAAGCGCAGCCUUGUUCAUCAUCGGCGCAGUCACACUGGAGAAAGACUAUAUGAGUGUGGACAAUGUGGGAAGUCUUUUAAUGAAAAAGGACACCUUAGGAAUCAUCAGCGAGUUCACACUACAGAAAGACCUUAUAAGUGUGGGGAAUGUGGGAAAUGUUUUAGUCACAAGGGCAACCUCAUUCAACACCAGCAUAGUCAUACUGGAGAAAGGCCUUAUGUGUGUUGGGAAUGUGGAAAGUUAUUUAAGAAGAAGUCUCACCUCCUUGCACACCAGAGAGUUCACACUGGAGAAAAGCCAUAUGCAUGUGAGGCCUGUCAGAAAUCUUUUAGGCAUAAGUACCAACUCAUUGCACACCAGAGAGUUCACACUGGAGAAAGGCCAUAUGAAUGCAAUGAGUGUGGAAAGUCAUUUACCCACAGCUCUACAUUCCAUGUUCAUAAACGAGUUCACACUGGAGAAAAGCCUUAUGAGUGCAGUGAAUGUGGGAAAUCUUUUGCUGAAAGCUCCAGUCUCACUAAACACAAGAGAGUUCACACUGGAGAAAAGCCUUAUAAAUGUGGGGAAUUAUUUAACAAGAAGUCUCACCUCCUUGUACGCCAGAGAGUUCACACUGGAGAAAAGCCAUAUGAGUGUGAGGAUGGUCAGAAGGUUUUUAGCAAUAAGGACCACCUCAUUGCACACCAAAGAGUUCACAGUGGAGAAUAGCUAUAUAAAAUGCAAUGAUUGUGGGAAGUCAUUUACUCAGAGUUCUAAAUUCUGUGUUCAUAAGAGAGUUCACACUGGUCAGAAGCCUUAUGAGUUCAGUGAAUGUGGGAAAUCUUUUGCUGAAAUCUCCAGUCUCACUAAACACAGAAGAGUUCACAUUGGAGAAAAGCCUUAUGGGUGCAGUGAAUGGGGAAAGAAAUUUAGCUGAAGCUUUUCACUUCUUCACCAUCAGAGGGUUCACAAGAGAAAGGCCUUAGUGUAGUGAAUGUGGGAAAUCUUUUGCUGAAACUCAGUCUCAUUCAACACAGGAGAGUUCACACUGGAGUAAGGUCUUGUGAUUGCAGCAAAUGUGG